UAAGUUUCCUUUUCAACGGAGAAGAAGAGCAGGAACAGCAGCACGUUUGUUCAGUUAGCUGUACAUUUCAUUUGCGGCACAAUCAAAGUAAGCUAGUUGCUGGUUGUAAAAACCAUAAUUUAACAAAAUGAACGGAGUGAACGACGAACAAAUGGCACCCCAAACAUUUCUUUACGGGUGUGUGCUGGAAUCUGGAAAGGAGGGGCACUUCAAUCCUGAGGAUGACGAGUUGGAGCAUCAGCUUGAUCUGAGGAUGGCCUGUGUGGACCCUAGCACAAAAGAUGAACUGCACACAGUGGAGGUGGAAGGACGCGACGCAGAGGGUCAAGUGGUCAAAGCGACUCUAGUUACACUCAAGCCCUCUACCCUGCCAAGUGUGUGUCUUGGUGGAUUCACCAUCACACCCCCAGCAGUGUUUCGUCUGAAGGCUGGUUCCGGUCCGGUGCACCUCAGUGGACAACACCUCAUCAUGAUGGAGACAGGUCAGUCUUUUGAUGAAAGUGAGGAGGAGGAGGAGGAAGAAGAGGAGGAGGAAGUGAAACCAUCAAAGAAAAGGCAGGCUACAUCUCCUGCUCCAAAAUCCCAGAAGAAGAUUAAAAUGGAUGUGACUGUGGAGGAGGAGGAGGAAGAUGAUGAUGAGGAUGAGGAGGAAGAGAGUGAGGCUGAGGAAUCGCCUGUCAAGGCCAAACCAACACCAACCAAACCAAAGACCCCGACUCAGAACGGCAAGAGCUCUGCACCCAGUACUCCAACUUCAGGGCAGAAGACCCCCAAGGGCAAAGGAGAGAAGAAAAGCCCAGCCACUCCUAAAGCCAAUCUGUCGCUUUCUGAGAUUAAGGCCAAGAUGUUGGAGUCGGUGAAAAAGGGUGUUUCGUUACCCAAAGUUCAGGCCAAGUUUGAGAACUUCUGUAAGCACGGUCAAAACGUGACAGAUUCCAAGGUCAUCUCAGAGCUGUGGAAGUGGCGACAGACGCUGAAGGACGAGAAAUAAUAAACUCCAUAGUUUUAUUUUUUUGUGACUCAAGCAUCCCUGAAGCCUAAUUCUGUGCCUAAUUCUGUUUCCAUUCAGUUAUUCGGCCCCUCUGAAUGAAAACGUGAGGUGGUGUUGGAGGGUCACGGUGCACUGUUGGCAUGUUAUACACCUCCAUCACCCACUCAUGACAGAUGGUCACAGGAUAGUGUAUUUGUUCAUUCUUGUUGCAAUCGGUUUCUUUUUGUCUGAUUUUAUUGUAGAACAAUACAAUCCUGUCACCUCAUCACCAACCAUCAAACAAAUUAUCACCGAAGUCCUACAUCAACAACCAAGAUUGUUUUAAGUUUAAAGUCAGCCGUCCAAAUCCAACAAGUCUUGUUUGCUUUGUUUUUUUUUUUUAAUGGUUCUAAAGUAAAACGGCCAGCAUGUUUCUGCUCCGUUAGACCUGUUUGCUUUGUGUUGUCACCACUGGUCGCCUGAGGGCAAAGGUUAUGUAUCAUGAAAGGUAUGAAGGGAGUAUGCAAAUAACUUGUGUAAUCUUAGGAAUUUGUCAGCUUCAUAUUAAAGGUUCAAACUAAGCUCAUUUGACUGGUUGGAUUCAAAUCUUGAGUGUAUGAAGCCUAUCGGUUAGACCAUUCCAUACUGUCAGCUCAAGUGUCCAGACAUGGAUUUUAAAUGCAUCGAGUUUGGUCUGUUAUACAUCUGAAAUGUUCUGUGUCUCUGAAUAAAGCGUUCAAAUUUA